AUGGAAAUCCCAGAAAUCAGCAUAAUAACCGAUUUUGGAGCUGCUGGAAUGGAUUGCCUGCAAAACCCAUCUUUAAUUUCUCGAGUCUUCUCUCUCUCCAACUUAACCACCCAAGUGCACAGUUUCUGGAAAUGGGGUGCAAUAAUUAUAGCCAUUUUUGCAACCUUCAGCAGCAUCAUUAAAAGAAUCAAAGUCAUUCACAUUCGUAGGAUCAAAUCCUCUUCCGAAUCCCUCCUCCAACACCUCGACAUUGAUUUCGACCUCAGCGACGAUGAUGAUUCCACCAAUGAUUCGUCGCGGGCCUCAUCCGAUAGCGAGGAUGACGACGACAGCCCGACUUCUACGGCGUCGUUUCUUAAUCCUUUCUCAGGCGAUAGAGAUUUUCGCCUUAAGGGCUCGACUAAUUAUUACAAAAGCCAGGGGCAAAAUGAUCAUUUGAGGCUACGACGCCACCGCCAGAAUGAACGCUCCGGUGGUUGCGAGGGAUUGGCAUGGCCGGAUUUUGGCGCCGGAAACGGCGUUGUGAAGCUGUGGGACAGUUUAGGACUAAGCUUAGGUUUCGAUUCUUUUGAUGAUUAUUCGGAUUCCGACAGCGUAGUUUCGUUGUGGGAUUUUGAUAAAGAGAAGAAGAUAAGCGAUGCUUUUGGUGGCUUCGGUGAUUCUCCGGAGGCUUUUGUGGCGGCGGUGCCGUCUCGCCCGGUGGUUUUGUCCGCCAAGGCGCGUGAUAAUAGCAACGGCGUCGUACUGGGUGCCUAUGACACGAGAAUGGGAGGCCAAAAGCCAGCUCUAUACGCGGAAUGGGGCCGGUCAAGCUCGCCGGCGAAGGUGGUCGGUCUGAAAUCCGGCAGUGUUGAUAAGGUUUACGUUAGGGAUGACGUCAGCGGGGCUUUAACGGUAGGUGACGUGCGGAGAGUGAAGACUCCGCUGGAAACUGUGACGGAGACUGACGGCGAUUUAUGGUGGGACGCUGACGCCGUUAUUCUCGAGGACGAGUUUGCUGACUGUUCAAAAUAA